AUGCCCACAGAAAGCGGGAGUUGUUCAACUGCUCGCCAAGCAAAACAGAAGCGCAAAUCUCACAGCCUUUCCAUACGGAGAACUAACAGCUCAGAGCAGGAGAGGACGGGCCUGCCCAGAGACAUGUUAGAGGGACAGGAUUCUAAGCUGCCUUCCUCGGUUCGCAAUACUCUUCUGGAAUUGUUUGGUCAAAUAGAAAGAGAAUUUGAAAACCUUUAUAUUGAAAACUUAGAAUUGCGUAGAGAAAUCGAGACUCUUAAUGAGCGCUUAGCAGCUGAAGGACAAGUGAUCGAUGGAGCAGAACUGAGUAAGGGCCAACUCAAGACUAAAGCUAGUCACAGCACCAGCCAGCUUUCUCAGAAACUGAAGACCACCUACAAGGCCUCCACCAGCAAGAUCGUCUCCAGCUUUAAGACCACCACAUCCCGGGCAGUGUGCCAGCUUGUGAAGGAGUACAUCGGCCACCGGGAUGGCAUCUGGGACGUCAGUGUGGCAAGGACGCAGCCCGUGGUGCUGGGGACGGCGUCUGCUGAUCACACGGCUCUGCUGUGGAGUAUCGAGACGGGGCGGAGCCUCGCCAAGUACACGGGCCAUGUGGGGUCAGUAAAUUCCAUAAAAUUUCAUCCAUCAGAACAGUUGGCGCUCACUGCCUCUGGAGAUCAGACUGCCCACGUGUGGAGGUAUGCAGUCCAGCUGCCUGCUCCUCAGCCUGCGGCCGACUCUAGUCUCUGUGGUGAGGACGAAGUGGAGUGCUCCGACAAGGACGAGCCUGAUACAGACGGCGACCCGUCCAGCGAAUGUCCCACCAUCCGGGCACCACUGACAUCUCUGAAGAGCCACCAGGGCGUGGUCAUAGCUGCUGACUGGCUGGUUGGUGGGAAGCAGGCAGUGACAGCCUCCUGGGACAGAACGGCCAACCUGUACGAUGUGGAGACGUCAGAGCUCGUCCACUCCCUGACAGGACAUGACCAGGAGCUGACACACUGCUGCACGCACCCGACCCAGCGGCUGGUGGUGACCUCCUCCCGCGACACGACAUUCCGUCUGUGGGACUUCCGCGACCCUUCCAUCCACUCUGUGAACGUGUUCCAGGGCCACACGGACACUGUGACCUCUGCUGUGUUCACCGUGGGAGAUAACGUGGUCUCUGGCAGUGAUGACCGCACCGUGAAGGUCUGGGACCUGAAGAACAUGCGGUCCCCCAUUGCCACCAUCCGCACAGACUCUGCCAUCAACAGGAUCAAUGUGUGUGUUGGCCAAAAAAUCAUCGCCCUCCCCCACGACAACCGCCAGGUGAGGCUGUUCGAUAUGUCGGGUGUGCGGCUGGCUAGGCUCCCGCGCAGCAGUCGGCAGGGCCAUCGGCGGAUGGUGUGUGGCUCAGCCUGGAGCGAGGACCACCCUGUGUGCAACCUGUUCACCUGCGGUUUUGACCGGCAGGCCAUCGGCUGGAACAUCAACAUCCCGGCGCUGCUACAGGAGAAGUGA